UGUUGACACCUGCCGUGGGGGGUAGAUGUCGCUGGUGCUCGUGCGCGUCCUGGUGUAGUGUUUUGUGUUGCGGGCGUGUGACGUUGUGUUGGGGUGAGUGUUGUCGGGCCGAGUGUUGUCGUGGUGUUGCGUCGAGUGUUGUCGAGCUGUCGGGGCGAGUGUUGAGGCCCCGGGCCGAGUGUGAAGGGAAGGAGAGAGCAAGUUAUGGCCGGCCAUUGUUGAGGUGACGGUCUUAUUACUGCCGCCAGGAGCACUGUGGGGAGUGAGCACGUGGUGGACCGAGCCGUCCCAGGACCCGCCAGGAUACCCAGACCAGGACUGUGGUGGUCCCCCCCCCUCCCCCCCCCUCACCUGGGACCACCAGUGGUCUGUGCUACUGUAACUCCCCCUCUUAUAAGACGGACUCCCAGCUACAGCGACCAGUGAUACAGUAACGCCAUGGAUACGACAAUAAUAGUUUCAAAAUUGAACCAUGAGAUUGUGUUGACAAGAAACAGUGGACCCGUCGAGUGAGUGAGUGAGUGAGUUUGAUGAGUGAGGUGUGGCGUAUGAGGAGCGGUGCCCCCAGGCAGCACUCUAGGGGUGCGGGGUGCCCACCUGCGGCUGGGUGUCGCUAGGAUGACAGUAUGGAGCGUGACAGGCGAGGGUUUCGUUUGUCCGGCGGAGGCGCGCUCCUCACACUGCUAGCCUUCGUCGCCGCCACCGCCGCCGCCCUCUCCUCCAACUGGGCCUCCUUCACAGGAGCAAUGAUGGGGAACUUGGGCCCGUGGCGUGUGUGUACGGUGCAGGAGUUCGGCUACGAGCAGUGUACCAGUCAGUCCUCGCGCCUUGGCACCUCUUGGGCGUCAGUGGUGGCAGGAGUCGGGUCAGUGGCAUGUGCGCUGCUGCUGGGUGUGGCCACGCUGCUGUGCCCGCUGCUGGUGGCCAUGCACUCCACAACCAAGAAGGUUCUCAUUAAGUUCCGCCAUGCCACCCUCGCUAAGAUGAUUUGCAUCGCUACCUCAGUGCUGUGUGGAGUGGUGAGUGUGUUGGCGUUCAUGCUGGAGGUGUUCAUAUUCCGUGUAGGCGAGAAGUCUGGGCUCUACCUUUCCCUUAGCUGGGCCUUCGCUCUUCAGGCAGUAGCGGUGAUCAUAGCAGCAGUGGCAGGGGUGGGGGCUGGCAUAGAGUUCGGCUGGUCUCGCAAGCUUGGCGGAGAUCCUACAGUCUACAGUCGAGAUCCGGAGGGCACAGCUGCCACCACCAUCUCCAACCCAAACUUCAAGGACCCUGGAAAUGGUCACACAAAUCAUACUCGAGUGGGCAGUACGAGGGGAAGGAGCAGCCAGCGAGGAGCUCGGGUACACAGGAAUUCCAACGGGGUGGCCAUGACACACGUCAGUGGUCUGCCGUACAUGGUCACGGCCACUGGAACCAAUGGCCAUCCAAGAGCCAACGGACUGGCUUUCGACCCUAAUAGGGCUCCCCUAAGAUCCUCUUUGAGAAAACCCAAACCCACGCCCCCAGUUGAUGGCCAAGACUCCUCCAUGGGGAUCCACAAUCUGGCUUUCACACAGUCCAGCCCUUUGCCUAAGAAAAAAGUUCGAAUCCAUACACAGUCGACAUCAGUGUAGAAAUGCUCAAAUUCGCAAUGUGUCAUAUUGCAUAGUAUAUUUGACCUAAGUGCCACCUUUUUCUUUGUCACCCAGUGGCACUUAAUUGUCUUCACCAAGUGCCACCCAUUUUGUACUAUGUAUGUGCCUGGCACCUUGCAGCAUUGCUGAGUAUAUGUGCAAGUACACUCACGCUAAGCGUGUCAAUAAUUCUGGUGCUGAGGUGUGACUUUACAGUGAAUGAACGGUAUAUAGACGAUGUACCAUCAUAGCAAAUGGACUUGUAUCUAUUUGUAAAGUGAAUUAUCUAAAUAUUUUAUAUUUCGAGAAUGAAGACACAUUCGACUACAGGACAAGUGUUUAUAUUUUGGAAAAUAUAUGAGUGUAUGUUUUACAUAUAAGGCAAGUAAUGUAACUGUACAGGACUGUAACUGUACAGGACUGUAACUGUACAGGACUGUAACUGUACUGAGCUGAUGGAGUUUUGUCUGAACUCUGACAAGUGGAAAAACAAUCUAAGCCAAAGCGAACUUUAAGUAGGUCUGAAAUAUUGCAAUAAGUUAUAAAAACAUGUUUAGUAAUACAAGCCCGCCUACAUAGUGGACGAGAUCUAAGAUUAUGUAAAAUUGAUGUUAUAAACAAGAAUUCUAAGCUCGUCACAAGUGCUCAAACAUUAUUUAAAAAAAAGAAUGUUAAAGACUGAACACAAACUGCAUCUCCAAAAAGGAGACAUAACAAGGCUCUCAUGGUUGUGACAAUAACAACUUAGAAAUACAGUGCAACACUGGAUUUGUAGCCAUAUCAUCAAUACAGUAUACUGUGUGUAUAUAUAUAUAUAUAUAUAUAUAUAUAUAUAUAUAUAUAUAU